CAAGCAUCAAGAUGUCCGCGAUCAGUGCUGCUGUUAGCCAACAGCCCGAGAUCCAUCAACCUUGUCAAAGAACAGAACAACUCAAGACAACCAGCACUUCCCAUGAAGAUGAACCAAUUACCUUUGAAUUCGGAGGUGCACCGGGUGUUGCGCUUCUCAUGAUUGGUUUUCCACUCCUCAUGUACUAUAUGUACAUUGGGGCGACGUUCUACGACGGCCAACCUCCCUUGCCACGCUCUGGAGAAUCGCUCACUGAAUUUGGAUCACACCUCCUCGACCUCGGCUACACACAUGCCUUCCCUCAUCGCAAAGCUUGGGUCAUAUACUGGACGUUUCUUGUGUUGGAAGGACUUGGAUACCUCUAUCUGCCCGGAGUAUACGGUAAGGGGAAGUGCUUGCCACACCUAAAUGGCAAGCAACUCGAUUAUUAUUGCUCAGCCGCCGCAUCCUGGUAUGUUACCAUCAUGGCUGCGUUGGCCUUGCAUUUCACCGGGCUUUUCCCCUUGACGACUCUCAUCACCGAGUUUGGUCCCCUAAUGUCCGUCGCCAUUUGCUCCGGGUUUCUGGUUUCUAUCGUCGCGUAUGCUUCCGCCCUGAUGAGGGGAUGCCAGCAUCGGAUGACUGGAUCGCACGUCUAUGACUUCUUCAUGGGAGCGGAGCUGAAUCCCCGCUUAUUCCGAUGGAUCGACAUGAAGAUGUUCUUCGAGGUUCGCAUUCCGUGGUACAUACUGUUUUUGUUGACCUUGGGUACGGCAUUAAAACAAUGGGAAGAGCUCGGGUUUGUCUCGGGCGAGGUCGCUUUCCUGCUCAUGGCACACUUCUUGUAUGCGAAUGCCUGUGCGAAAGGCGAAGAACUGAUCAUCACUAGCUGGGACAUGUAUUAUGAGAAAUGGGGCUUCAUGCUCAUUUUCUGGAACCUCGCUGGUGUUCCCAUGAGCUACUGCCAUUGCACCCUGUAUCUGGCAAACCACGAUCCGUCAACAUACCGAUGGAACCCAGCGAUUGUGGCUGCGUGGGCUAUUCUAUAUCUAUUCAUGUACUGGGUUUGGGACACUUGCAACAGUCAAAAGAACAUCUUCCGUGCUCAAGAGAGGGGUGUCUCUGUGACGCGCAGGACAUUCCCACAGCUGCCAUGGAGGGCUGUGAAGAACCCGAAGUCAAUUGCGACUAAGACUGGAGACUCUAUUUUGUGCAGCGGUUGGUAUGGUAUGGCCCGGAAGGUCCAUUACACCUGUGACUGGUUUUUUGCUUUUUCAUGGGGACUGAUCACCGGCUUCAACUCACCGUUCCCAUGGUUCUAUUCCAUAUUUUUUACCGUGAUGAUUAUUCACCGUGCUCGUCGCGAUAUCGAACGCUGCCGCGAGAGAUAUGGGGAAGCAUGGCGCGAGUACGAACGACGGGUUCCGUAUUUGUUCAUCCCGGUAAGUCGUUCCCUUCCACUGAAUGUUGGCCUUGUGACUGACAGCAGAAUAGUAUGUCUUCUGAAGGGUAAUUGAGGGAUAAGGUCGGAGGGCGUCAUAAACGCG